AUGUCUUCAUCUAACGAGCACGCGAACGAAGAUUCUACAUUGCAGGCGAUCUCAACUGGCAAUGGGUUUCAAGACUGCCAUUAUUGUAAUUGCAAAAUUGAGGCCGACCACAGUGUACAGGUGUACGAGAACGUCAUUCGCAGCAACCCAGCCAUGUACAACCCAAUGGACUGGUUCAGGGCAAAGAUCCUCCGCGUUGUCGUUCAAGUCAUUAUCCACAACCUGCACAGGAACCAGCGCAUGCAGAUGAUAAAGCCAAAGGUCAAGCUGGACACAUUGACUCAUCCGCUGGAAGGCCGUCUUCAGACUGCCGUCUGGAUCGACUGCCGGACGGAUAGUGCCUCGACCAUUUCCCCAUCGGAGCGUCUGAGAAGAUUUCCCCGGGCUUUGGAGGACGUCCAGAAGUCGGUAGAUGCAGACAUGAAGAAGCUUCGCACGUAUUACCGACCCAGCGGCUUGCAGUGGGUUCUCUGCUUUCAAGAUGAAGAACCAGAGCCUUCAUCCUGGUGGCCUUGGCCCACAGACGACUAUCGCAUGCACUUCAUCAUUGACCGCAUCCGGCAGACAACCAACUUGGAUAUAAAAUUCCCACUCCUGAUCGAUUGGCCUCGUUCAGAUGCUGCAGAAGCAUAG